AUGCGCCCUCCAACAAUCGAACUUAAAUUUACCAUUUUGGGCACCAACUUAAGGCUUUCAAAUUCUUCAGCUAGUUACUCAAAAGCUCGAGUGCUGGGGAACACAGGCUCAUCUGAAAAGCUCAACAGAGUAUCCUUCUCAAAGUCUUCCACGGGUGCUAUCACCUGUGCACUAUAUCCACAUUCUCUUCCUGAGAAGAAAAGAGGAAACUACAACUUAAAGGCUAUUUCAGCCGCACUUUACACCCGCGGGAGCGGCGGCCGCGCUGAGGCCGUGCCCCGCCGGCCCUACCUGGGUGCCGGCAGCCCCUGCCGAGGAGCUCUCGGCGGCUGCUCGCACCGGCCCAGCGAGGCUUCACCGAAACGGACACGGCGGGCGCGGGACGCGGCGGGCAGCGCUGACACGGCACCGGCGGUACCCCCAGCCCCUCAGGGGCCCCGAGAGCAGCUCCAGGCCGCACGGGGAUCCCCCCACCGCCACGGAGGGCGGUGUAAGCGCCCGAAGCCUUGUAAGCUCCCGCCGCCGGCCCGCUCCGGCUCCCCGCACCCCCCGCUGCCCCCUCAACCAUCCUCAGCCCCUCCCCUGCCCACUCACCGUGCACCGGCCGCCGCCGCCGCCUCUCUCGCUCUCCCUGCACGCACGGACCCGCCCUGGCGCUGCCGACGCAGCCAACAUGGCCGAUGGGAGAGCCCGCGCCACGUCAAGGGGCAGAGAGCGGGGGGCGGGCUGAGCGCCACGGUUCCCCCCGGCCCGGCGCUGUGUCCGCCUGCCACCCGCUCCCGGCCUGUGCCCCGGAGAGCGGAGCGGGGCCAGCGUCAGGCAUCCGGCCGCGCUGACCUUCGCUUCACCGCGGAGGCGGCUCCCGUCCGCAUGUGUGAUUGCGUUUUUAAUUCACCGCUCGACUUCCAGAUGUCUCUAAAGAUCGUUUCUUCCAGUCUCGCUCUUCGGACUGCCUGGGAAAAAAUAUACUGAAAUUAUAUUCCUGGUGGGUUUAGCCUGAUACAAUGCUUUACCUCAUAAAUAUUUAGCAAUAGAACACGUUUAUUUACUAUCCGUACAAUUACUUUCACGUAACCGUACAGUUUUGCUCCGUUUUCUUGUCAGUGUGGUUAUUUCCCCCCCCCCCCCCCCGCCCCAAACCCAAGUCAGGGUGACACUUCGGUUUCAGGGCACUUCAGAGUCGUUUUAAAUAAGCCUGCCACAAAAGGCUGGAACAGUAACUUCUGUCUUUCCUGAGAUACCUCAGUGUGACAAACACGGACGUGAGGGAGGACUGAGAAAGAUUAUACUGGCUACCAGACUCUGAAAACAUGAGCACCAACUAUAAAACAUCCUUAUCCUCUUUUCUAAUACAUCAAAUGUAAUCAUGAUAGAAUUUCUAUGCCACUACGAUCUCCAGUAAUGUUUGCCAGUCAUCUUCAGUCUAAAAACAUGUCCAGGUAAACAACAGAAGAACUUAAAGGGAGGGAUAUUAAAUCUCCACAUCCACAAAUCUCACUGGCAGUUGCGGGAGUACUAAGCAGGAGCUUGCCAAGGACACGUAACCUCCUCAGUUUAUAAAAAGUACCCACCACCACCAAAAUGCACAACAUGGCAAAAUAACUUCAAACCGAUGCACAGAAAGCAAUUCAGUGUUGUAAUUUCAAAAGUACUCAAAUACUAUGUGAAACAUUUUCAGAAAGUUACACUGAAAAGAGGCACGUCCUGAAGUCAGAACUGCAGGGUGAAAUCCGUAGACUGUAAGAGAAAAAGAGGCAACUGACAUUUAAAAGGGGAGAAGGAAGAACAGGAAAAUACACUAUUCUGAAAGUUCACUAUGAAUAAAAGGUAUAAGCAUUUUUAAUCAGUCAUUAGCACAAUUAAAUUUCAUUACACAAUGACUCAAUGCUCUAAACUUAUGUCUUGCAGCUCUUAGGAUGGUGCAAACCACAGAGAAAAGCGAGGAGAAGCAAAACAAUAGAAUAGAAAAUAGGAUCCUAACGUGGUGUAUACUCAUUAUAGGAAAACACUUCAUUAUCUCCCAAUCUUAGAAUGUAGAGUUAAAGCAUUUCAUUUUUCUUAAUGCAGAAUUUUCAGUUUAUGUGUUAGUUGUUUUGGUUUUUUUCUCAGCAGUGCAUGUCCACUGAUGGCAACUCACCCUUUCUUUGGAAAAGUACUCUUCCAUAAAGCCUAGGCAGUUGAGGAGAAACAAUAUUCAUUCCUAGUUUCUUCCUCUUCUUCCACUGAGUCAUAUUUGCUAGCCACUGCAUCAACACUGUUGGUAAAACUUGCUGGAAACAAUUCUAUUAUCCGUGGAAGACUCCCUGUAAUAAUUAAAAAUAUGUUACUUAAUUUUUAAAGUAUCAAUGGAAAGUUCCAGAAAAAGUAAUCUAAAGAUAGAGAGUAUAUUUAACUUGUAUUUAUAUCUGUGGAUUCUCUUUCUGUUCACAUUUCUUGACAUCAUGACAAAUAGGAAAAAUAAGUUCCGAAUAUUACUCAAGUAGAGGAAGAAAACUCUUUACAGCUGGACUCACCAGAGUUUUUAUCCUGACCAUUGGUCACCCUUUCCAGACGUAUCACAGUAGUUUUAGCUAAGCAGGUUUUAUUUCCAGUGGUGACUGCAGCAGUUGCAUAGUCCUCAUCUAGGACGUUAGAUCCGGGUUUCAGAAUUAAAACUCCUUGUUACACGUAGGUGGUUCUGGAAACACCUUAAAACAAACAAAAGCCAGUGGAGAGGAGGAGUUAGGGUAGAUGUUUGUUCAGAACUGCUAAAACACAGCCUUGCAGAAGAAAAAGCAUUGCUCUUUUUGAACUUACGUCAGAAGUGUUAGAGCAACUCUGAUCUAUAGGCAGACUGUUGAUAGCACUAAACUGACUUUACAUGCAGCAGAACCAACGGGCAAAAUAAUAUACAAAUAGACAUUUUGUGUAACAGGGAUUUCAUAAUAUACAACAUAAAUUAUUACAGCAUUAUCUUUCUGCUUUUUAUCUUAACUAAGAAGCAAUCCUCCUUUGUGCUAAUGCUACCUCACUUUUGAUUUGGCAUGUAGAUACUCCCACUAUACAGCAACGAAAUAAACACUCAGGCAUUGACCCUUCCAGAUUGAGAUCUCUGUUUAAAUUUACAGCAAUAAACUUUUAUGUAACUGA